AUGUGCUUUCUGGUGAAGAGGAUUGGAAAGGAUGAGAACAAGUCUGCACUAAAGCAUUACGUGACAGUGAGCGCUCAGAUCUCAUUAUUUUUCCUCAUCGCCACUCUGGCUGGCAAUUUCAUUGCAAAUAUCUGCGAGUUUAAUGCAGACAGGUUUGCAUGCUCAUAUGCAGAAUCAUGUGCCGAUCUAUCUCAAGGUGUUUUAGAAAUAACUAAGAAUAACAAAGCCCUAACAUACUACUACCCACCAUUCUCAUUACUGUUCGACCAUCCCUCUAAUUUCCACAGGAUGAGGCAGAACAACUACAUGGUCAACGGGAGCGUAGAAAUGACGCCUGCACUAGAUGGCUGUCCCUUCUAG